CAUGAAGAAGCAGAAAAACAAACACAAUGAGAUACCGCGUGCAUUCUUGGUUUUCUUUGUUCUUUUUCUACUUUCAAGAUCAGCCAUAGCAAAGCAAGAUUCUAACAAGGAGAUAGGGUAAACUAUCAUCUUCAACAAUGCAUUUUUUCGAGAUAUUCCACACUUCCAUCAUCACAGACAAACGAUUGGAACUUCCAAAAGAAUUUACGGUCAAGUACGGGAAGAAAUUGUGUGACAAUGUAAUUAUUAAGGUUCCGAAUGGUGUCUGGCGUAUAGGAAUGAGGAAAGCUGAAGGCCUAAUAUUGUUUGAGAAUGGUUGGCCAGAAUUUAUGGAAUUUUAUUCGAUUCGUGUUGGACAUGUUAUACUCUUCAGAUAUGAUGGGAAUUCAAAAUUUCAAGUUCAUAUAUUUGGUAUGGAUGCUACUGAGAUAGAUUACCCAUCUCAUAACGACAGUACCAAUCAUGAUGCUGAAAUGACUUCAACUCAUUCGGAUGAAGUUGAAGUAGUUUCAAUACAUUCUGACACUACCCAAAGCGACGAUGAACCUUCCAUGUCAAGUGAAUCCCCUCUUAACCCGAAAGCCGAACCCGCCAAACAAGAAUUUCCCCAGAAAUCACGAAAACAAAGAAAGGCAAUUCCUACAACAUUUCGUAACAAGGCAUUGCAGGCAACAGUUGAAGCAGUUGAAGGAUUUAAGUCUGAGAAUCCAUUCUUCAAGGUCACUAUCCAUGUCUCAUAUAUAAAAGGACCCUUGAGGGUACCUAAUGUUUUUGCAAACUCAUCUUUGAGAAACAUAACACAGAGGGGGAUCACUCUUAGGAUUUCAGAUGGGAGAACCUGGAAAAAUUGGAGAUGA